AUGUACACCGUCCAGCUUGGAGACGUAGACCUUUUUGUUGUAGUCGGAUUCAGUAUGUGUCAGCUUGUAACUGAGCCUCUGCUGCUGCUGCUCGUUGAGCCUCUUGACCUCUUCCUUCACGUAGUCGUGGACAUUAUUGUAUGUAGUACUUUGCGAAGCUUCAAACUUGAGAGGCUCACUUUUGCUCACGGUGAACUUGAUGCCCUGCAGAGCCUUCAUGAACCCCUUGUAACCAAUGGUCAAAUCCUUCUCGAUCAUGCCCGUCAGUCCGGUCAGGUGGCCCUGGACUCUGACGGCGAAGUUCUGCAGCGCGAUCUUGAUGGAGGAGACGUAAUGCUUCUUGGCCUGGGUGGUGAGUUGUUUUUUCUUCUCCUCCACCUGCGAGUCGACGUGCUGGUGGAGCUGUUCGAUGGUUUGUUUGCACUUGGAUGUUGCGACAGAGUCAAAGGCCUCCGUCCAUUCGAUGGCUUCCCUGAGAGUCUUGCUUUGAAGCUUUUCGAGGAGUGCUUCGAGAUUGGAUGUAACGGCGGUGUGCCAGCCGGUGAGCUUGUCCGUCGUUAUUUCUUUGGUCAGCACUUUCGCCUGGCCUUGGACCUGCUCGAUGGCGGUGUCGACGUUUUUGGCGUGAUUAACGGGGGUGGUCGCCUUUUCGAGACUACUGCUCAGGCCGUCAACGUUCUGCUUAACGGUGUGCAGUUGUGCGUGGACGCUGCCUUGCUUAGUGGCAUCCGUGCCGACAUUGUCGGUCAGUGUUUUAAGAUGCGCUUUAACAUCCGAUUCGAAUUUCUCCAGCAAUGCCUCAAGCUGGGAUUUCUGGUUUGA